AUGAGGUUCAGAGAGGAUUAUGAGUAUAAGCGCAAAUUGCUUAUCAAUGUUCCCAAUAAAUUGACCAGUGAACAGUUGAGUACCAGAUUAAUCAACACAAUAAAUUUUGUCUCUAAUGCAUGCUCAGAACCGUGCACCGAAGAGAACAUAGAAUUUCGCAUUCUACGUGGAAUACUGCAACACGAAUCAUCUAAGUAUAAUCUCAAAGGUGAACUUGCCGAAUCAUAUUCAAUACGCGCUUUCAGCGAGUUAAGAUCGACUGCGAAGGCCACUGAGAUAAGUCCAACAUUACCUCCCAACUGGUUUUCAUGGUUAGAGAAAUCAAGAGAUUCUCUAAUUCCGAAACCAGACUACAAUCCGCCAACGAAGAAAGAUUUAAUAGACGAGACACUAUUUGCAGUCUUUCGCUUCGAAAGAAACAAAGAAAUGCUCAAUGAGUCAGCAAAGCUAGUGUUAUAG